AGAAGCCCUAGAGUGGCCAUGGGGACGGGCGGGCGUAGGGGGAUGCGGUCCGGGAAAGGCACGGAAGGUGCGGCGGCGGCGGCUUCAUCCUCUUUCUUGUAUCGUUGUAUCGAGUGCAACCGGGAGGCCCGGGAACUGUACCGGGACUACAACCACGGAGUGCUCAAGAUAACCAUCUGCGUGAGCGCGCCGGGGGGCGGGGCGGGGCGGGGCGCGUCUAGGAAGGCGGAUCGGAACGUGCUGUGGUCCGGGGCGAGGGCCUGGGAGCUUGAGCACGUGGGGGAGGAGUGGUCCAUAUAUUGGUGUGAAAGAGAAAGCAAGGAUGUUCUUGAAGACUGCCUAGGCCAUGAAUGUUAUAAGACUUACGGCAUCCAGGAGUGCUGGCGCAUUUCUGUGACUCCAGCACUCCACUCGCAGGCCAGGCAGGAGGAGGAUCACGAGUUGGAGGCCAGCCUCGGUUACCUAGAGAGAGACUGUCUGAAACGAAUAAACGAAUGAUGGAGAGAGAUGCGAUUCACUGAGGAAAUAGAAAUGGUAGCAGGAAGUGUGUCGUUCUCUUGUUGAGGCUGAGGACAUGGAAGCAAUAUUUGAGGUCCGGUACUGUAGGGAUUUCUUAGAAGAAAACGGUAUCUUUUCAGGAUACUUGUCAAUUAAAUAGUAAAUAACACAACAAUUUAACCAAAGUAGAAAACAUUUAUCACGCCCAAGGAUGUUGCUCGGGUCCGUAGAGUGCUUGCCUGACACGCAGGAAGCCUUAUACUCCGGCUCCAGCUCCACGCCUGUAAUCCCUGCAGUUAGGAGAUGGAGGCGGGAGGUCCAGAAGAGAAAGAGAGGAGGAGAUAGAAUGAAUGUCUCCCUGUGUGUUUCCUCCUUAUACUCAAAGUGAAGGCAGGAGGAAGCAGUGGAGAGGCUGCUGGUGGAAGAGCACCCACUGAUCCAUCAGUUCCACAGAUGGAGAAAGUCAGCGAGCUCCCUAUGUGUCGGGUGCCACGAAAAGGCUGGACAACACAGGGCAUGAAGCCUGAUAGUAGAAGUAGCCUCUUCGGCAUCUCAUUGUAACAGUCAAGGCAAGAUGGCAUGCUCUCUUAGCCUUCUAAACUAUAAGGUCCCUGAGGUUAGAGGACAGUGGCUCCAGGUGAUGAGCUUAUUGGAGCCCAUGCAGCUCCAGAGAAGGAGAGCUCUUGCUAUUUUGUUCCCACAGCACAGCAUCUGGCUAACAAAUGAUACAGAAGGAAUAGGAGUUUUGUGUUUCCAGAGGCUGGUCUUUCCCCUCCUGCCUCCAAAUUGCUCUGCCUCCCUGUUCUUACAUUUGGGGUAAUGUCCAAAAAGUGGGACGUAGAUAGCUUUUCAAAGAUAGAGAGAGGGAUUUGCCAACUUAACAGUUUCUCUCAGCAAUAGUCUUCAGUCUCUGGGCCUGAACCUCAGGCCUGAGGGGAAGAGAGAGGCUCCAUGUCAGCGCAAAGGAAGGGGAUCUGGAAAGAACCUCUGUCCUGAGCUUGAUAUCUGAGUGUAGUUGCUUUCACCUCACAGGGGAUUUCAGGCAAUUGAAAGACGUGAACCUCUAUGCCUCCAUUUUGACAGAAGCCAAGCACAACUGCGGGUUCACCUGGUAACUGGAGAGGCCUGGUGUUUCUUACAGUGGUGUGACUGAAGUAGGGCAGCUCUUCCAGGGGACAGUGAAUCUGUUUUGUUGUGUUGACGUCCAGGGUUACAGUUCUCCGAUGCACUUGACUUUUUUCUAAAGUCAAUUAAAAGGUGAUCGUGGUCGGCCUGUGGUUUCUGUUUGUGUGUUAUCCUGUCAGCCUUUCAGAGUCACUUGGACUCGCAGCCAUUCUUUUUUUCACUGAGUGAUACCAUCUGGGCAAGUUUGAAACUGACACUGUUUCAAUGUCCCUAUGUUGUAUAACAACCAGUUCUAAUUCUUCUCACAGUAUUAGAGUAUGAGAGGAAGCCGUUUGGGAUCUGAGGGAGUCUGAUUUAGGUGACAAAGACCCAGACUGUAAACCCAAGUCUCUGCACACAACACAUUACCCUCUGCUGUGUCUGUGGUAGCAAAGAAAGAACGUUUUCUUUCCAAGUUCUUUUUCAUUGGAAAAAGACCAGGCUUGGGAUUGCUGCCACUACCCUGGUCUCUCGGGAGCUAAAAGAUAGGAACUUUGUUGAACACCCAUCUCCAGAUCCGGAGUCACAGCCUACACCACAGCUUGUCAGCCAGUGUGUUAGAAAGAUUAGCUGUUAAGAAAUCGUACAACUGAAAGUGGCAUUGAAAGCUUUUGUGCCUGGAGUGGCUCCUUACAUCAUAUUCCUGUCUGACUCCUGUCUGUUUUGUUGUGUGAUUUCAGACAGGGUCUCCUUAUUCAGCCCCUGCCCACUCAGCAUCCUCCCACCUCCAUGUCUUCAAUGCCGAGGGCUUAGUUGCUUGUUAUUUUAAAUAUGGGUCUUUCUAGUUAGCAGCUUUUAUUUAGUGUCUUCUUCUUACAUGGGUGGACAUUUUUAAUGGGAGGAUUUUAAAUUGAUGCCUAGACACGCUAUUGCUGGGAAAGUCCAAAACAGACUUCAAUUUUUAAGUCCUUUAAAAUUUCAGAACCUGUUAAUUGUUUGCUCUAAUAUUAUUUUGUUUUUUCCCCCAGAAAUCCUGCCAGAAACCAGUAGACAAAUAUAUUGAAUAUGAUCCUGUUAUUAUCCUGAUUAAUGCCAUUUUAUGUAAAACACAGGCUUAUAGGCAUAUUCUCUUCAACACUCAAAUAAAUCAUACCUGCGUUGGUGGCAGCUGCAGGACUCAAGCCAGAGUCCAGCCCCCGAUGACGUGAUCCGCUAUGCCAAGGAGUGGGACUUCUACAGGAUGUUCGUGAUCGCGUCUUUCGCAACACAUGACAGCAAGAGGGGCGCCAGACUUUGUUUUGCUGCUGAAGGCGCUGCUGCUGUCCAGCUACGGGAAGCUGCUGCUGAUCCCCGCCGUCAUCUGGGAGCACGACCACACGCCUCUGUGUCUCAGGCUCAUCAAGGUGUUCGUUCUCACCUCAAACUUCCAGGCGAUCAGAGUGACCCUGAACACCAACCGGAGGCUGUCCCUGUUGGCCGUGCUGAGCGGCCUGCUGCUGGAGAGCAUCAUGGUCUUCUUCUUCCAGAGGAUGGAGUGGAAUGUGGGCAGCGACUGUGCGGUGUACAAGUCUCAGGACUUCUGAAGCUUUAUCCUCUCUGUGGCGGGACCAGCUACCUCAAAAGAGAAGGCGCAAGAGAUCCCAAAGCCUCUGCUUUCUGUGAGUGAAGCCAAGACUGGGGAUUCCUGAGCCCAGAAUCCCCCAGGAAGAUCUGAACCACCUGUAGGCAAGGCUGAGCACCCAGGCGGGCACCAAGGUUCCACAGCUCGGUUCCUUUAUGUCUUUUAAGUUGAAAUAUUCACUGGUGGCUUUAAACCUGUGUUUUGUGUUUUCUGCAGAAGCACUUUUGAGUCGUCUUUCAGAAUAAAUCAGACUUUUUAUA